AUGUUACGCUUUAAGUCCAGAGCAGGUUGUGUGUGGGACCUUGCACCCAGAAGGGGAACAGCUGAGAAGAGUGUGAGAACCAAAAAGAAAAGAAACUGUCGAACAACGGGACUCACCACAGGAAAGCAGAUCCAGUCUCUCGACUCCCCUUUGGAGAUCUUCGUCAUCUGUGCCCACGGGGUCUGCAGCUUCUUCCGGACACAGCACCAGAGACACACAGAGAAAGGGGAGAAAAUGAGCACUGGAAGAUUUCGAAGUGGUGGGAGAGACAAGUGCAGGCUGCACAUGGUGACCUGGAAUGUGGCCACAGCAGAGCCUCCUGAAGACGUCACUUCUUUGCUGCAACUAGACGUCCAGCCCCCCUCAGAUCUCUAUGUGAUUGGCCUGCAGGAGGUGAAUGCCACCCCUGUGAGGUUCAUCUCAGACCUGUUAGUGGAGGACUCCUGGAGCCACAUCUUCAUGGAAACACUGGCACCCAGAGGAUUCGUCAAGGUUAAAUCAGAAAGGAUGCAGGGUUUGCUGCUGCUGCUUUUUGCCAAACAGAUUCACCUUCCCUACAUCAGAAACAUCCAGACCACCUACACUCGUACUGGCAUCUUCGGCUACUGGGGUAAUAAAGGAGCAGUGUCUGUGCGUUUUUCCUUCUAUGGCCACAUGGUGUGCUUCCUCAACUGCCACCUAGCAGCUCACAUGAACUACGCUCUGCAGCGUGUUGAUGAGUUUGAGUACAUCCUGGAGACCCAAGACUUUGACAUCACAGACACCCCACUAAUCCUGGACCACAAGGUGGUGUUCUGGUUUGGUGACCUGAACUUCCGUAUUGCAGACCAUGGCUUGCACUUUCUCCGCUCAUCCAUAAACAGCGGACGUCUAAAUUUGCUCUGGAGCAAAGACCAGCUUAUCAUGAUGAAGAAGAAGGAACCAUUCCUGCAGGAAUUUGAGGAAGGACCAUUACAUUUUAAUCCCACUUACAAGUUUGACCGUAACUCUGACACCUAUGACACCAGAAAGAGCACUGUGGCGCUGCCCCUAACCAUGUACAGACCCAGACCCCUACAGCGCUGCAGCACCACUCUCUUCCUCCUCCUCACCUCCCUCACCUGGGGGCUACUCUCUGUCUGGUUGGGGGCCUGGUACAGGGAGCUAGACCCGCCAAGUGGCAAGAAGAGGAAACCGGCCUGGACAGAUCGGAUCCUCUGGCGCAUCAAACCCAAAACCCCGCCAUCAGAGGAUGAUGAUGAGAAGGCGUCAACUUCUACUGAUGAUGGACAAGAUGAGUAUCCAAUCCUCGUCACCCAGGAUAAAUACAGCAGUGACAUGAGCUAUGGAGUCAGUGACCACAAGCCUGUCACUGCAACCUUCAGUCUGGAGCUGAGGAAGUGCUUUGACACACCACUGGUGCACAUCUCUCCUGUGGGUGUAUGGAGCGCUGAUCAGGAUGCACUUCUUAACUACACUGUCCAAGAGGACUUCAUGUCCUCCACAUGGGACUGGAUUGGCCUGUACAAGGUGGGAUUCAAGAGUGCGUCCGACUAUGAAACCUUUGUUUGGGUCAGAGAGGAUGAGCUGCCAGAAACAAAUGAAGUCAUACAGAUAUCUGUGGAUAAAGAUGGGAUCCCUCUGCUAGGUGGACAAUAUGUUCUGGGUUACUACAGUACAAACAUGCAAAGCAUCAUCGGCCUCAGCGCUAACUUCCAGAUCCUGGAGUCAAAGCGUGCUGUCAUGGAAGGCCUCGUUCCUGAGAAUGUCAACGGGCUCAACAAAUAA